CGCAUUGUAUACGUGCUUAAGGUAAGAUCCUGGUGAUGAUGAGUAGAAUGCGAAGCUGUUUGUGAUUGCGGAACUUCAACACCCUGAAGCGGGAGACAGAAGAGUUCACAGAAGGAAACACAGUCGGGAUCUCCGGCACGUUUUCUACACUGGCUCUUCACGUCUCGAUUUGAAUCGGUGCUUUGACGUGAACCUCUCUUUGUUUUGCUCGGGAAAGUUCUCUCUACGCGUAGGCGAAGUGCCGUCUGUUUCCUUCUUGUCACUCCGGCCAUGACUGUGCUGUGUUGUCGGCUUCUCGCAUACUUUCGCAUUUGACUCAUUCAGAAGGCGUGUGAACACCUGGAGCAGCACAGCUGCAUCGCGCUGGAGCGCAACUUUUCUGGCCUCUGAAAAAGAUGAGAUUCACGGGCUACAUGAGACUGCGCAUCAGGGAGGCGGUGGACUUAAAGCCCACCACUUUCUCCACGCGCCACACUUUCCACAAGAAGACACAACAGCUGGAUCCCUACAUCGUGGUCAAAGUGGACCAUUUUAAAGUGGGCCAGACAGCCAUCAAAACCAGAACCAACCAGCCUGCCUUCAAUGAAGAAUUCUGCCCGUAUAUAUGCGAGGGCAAAGUGUUAGAACUGGCGGUUUUCCACGACACACCGAUUGGCUAUGAUGACUUCGUGGCGAACUGCACCAUGCAGCUGGAGUCUCUACUAACGUCAUCCAGCAGCAGACAGACGUUUGAGGGAUGGGUUAACCUGGAACCGGAAGGCAAGGUCCACAUCGCCAUCACUCUCACAGGCUCCUUCACAGAUGAUGAUGCCACUGUUAAUGGAUGGACUCAUAAGCAGUUAAGCAGGAAACGACAGAGGGCUUUGAGGAGGAAAGUGCACCAAGUCAAUGGACACAAGUUCAUGGCCACGUUCCUGAGACAGCCUACAUUUUGCUGCCACUGCAAAAAUUUUAUAUGGGGAGUUUUUGGAAAGCAGGGUUACCAGUGUCAAGUAUGCACCUGUGUGGUCCAUAAGAAAUGCCACCAUCUGGUUGUUAAUGAGUGUCCAAAGCUGAAGAAAAAAGCAACUGAGGGUCCCAGUCAAGGUUUUAGCAUCAACAUACCUCAUCGAUUUCAUGUGCACAAUUAUAAAGUGCUCACUUACUGUAACCACUGUGGAUCACUCCUGUAUGGACUGGUGAAACAGGGUCUUCAAUGCAAAGGUUGUAAGAUGAACGUGCACAUUCGUUGUGAAAAAAAUGUGGCUCCGAAUUGUGGGGUAGACAGUGCACAGCUGGCUACUAAGUUGGCAGAGAUUGGCUUGGAGGCAGGCAGACUCAGUAAACACCACUCCCAGAUGAGUACGUCCUCAGUGAAGUCUACAUGUUCUACUAGUAGACGUCAAGGGCGGUCUGAGCUGGCUAAUGAGGACAGUAUGAAGGUGGGGCUUGAGGAUUUUACAUUCCUACAGGUCCUGGGAAAAGGCAGCUUUGGCAAGGUGAUGCUGGCUCGCUUGAACAAUGAUGAUCGAGUGUAUGCAGUGAAGAUGCUGAAGAAAGAUGUCAUACUACAAGAUGACGACGUGGAGUCCACCAUGAUCGAGAAGCGAGUGUUGGCUCUGGCCUACAAUCACCCAUUCCUCACACACCUGUACUACUGUUUUCAGACCGCUGACCGUUUAUUCUUUGUUAUGGAGUUUGUGAAUGGUGGUGACCUCAUGUUUCACAUCCAGAAGUCUCGGCGGUUCGAGGAGGCCCGAGCACGGUUCUACGCUGCUGAAAUCACCUCUGCUCUUAUGUUCCUCCACUCCAAAGGCAUUAUAUACAGGGACCUGAAACUGGACAACAUACUACUAGACAAGGAUGGCCACUGUAAACUGGCAGACUUUGGUAUGUGCAAGGAAGGGAUAACUGGUGGAGCCCUGACUACCACCUUCUGUGGGACACCAGACUACAUUGCACCUGAGAUCAUCCUAGAAGAACCAUACGGUGUGUCUGUGGACUGGUGGGCUAUGGGAGUCCUGCUGUUUGAGAUGUUGUGUGGACAUGCACCAUUCGAGGCAGAGACAGAGGACGAGUUGUUUGAGUGCAUCCUCAGGGAUGAAGUGAUCUAUUCAAGUUGGCUUAGCAAUGAGGCAGAGGACAUCCUCAGAGGGUUCCUGACCAAAGACGCUUCACGUCGACUGGGCUGUAUAGAGAGGGAUGGAGGGGAGAAGCCAAUCAUUGCUCACCCCUUCUUCAGGGACUUGGACUGGGAGAAGCUAAGGAAACGCGAAUUGGAUUCCCCCUUCAAACCUCGAAUAAAAUCUCCAGAGGAUGUGAACAAUUUUGAUCCAGACUUCACCCAGGAAGAGCCUACGCUCACCCCCAUAGAAGACUCACUGAUCCCCCUGAACCAUGAUGACUUCCAAGACUUCUCAUACAUGGCUCCUGAGCUUCUGCAUGUUUAACACACAAAUAUGUGUAUAGUGCUUAUUUAUACUUAGGGUCAUACAUGAACAAGCUUUAAACAUGCUAAAACGUUGUAGUCCUAUAGACACUGAAAGCGUUUAUUGGAAUCUGACAGGGUGAAUUUGUGCACAGUUUGAUUCACUGAUAUCCAAACACACAAGAACAGGUAGAACAUAUUUUAUUUUUAAUCCCACCCCUGUCCUGGAAUCCUCUUGGAGUGCACAUUUUACUACUGCUCAAUCCCAUUCCUUUUAAACCACAAUUUUGGGUUUGCUCUGCUUUAGCGUGUGUGAGUAAAUCUUUUCAUUAUGAAUCCCAUAAUAACCCGAGUCAAUUUUGUUACGUUUAGGAAAAACACAAAUAAUAUUCAGUGCAGAGUUCCCAGGGUUAGAGUAGGAUCCUAGAGUAGGAUUAUGCAUUACUGGUUUAGCAUUUUUCUUGUUGUAACAAGCCUGACUCAGCUCUCAGAGGACUAACUGAAGAGUUUAUGAUGAUGAUGUGAUUUAUAGAAGAGAAAACAUGCCAUAAAUCCAGGACUGUUGCUUGGAAACAGACUAAGCACAAAGACAUUGCUCUCUAAGAUUCAAUGUAAUGGCUAUGAAUUGCAGUGAAUCCUCUACAUGUGCACUUGUGUAUGUGUUUUCAUGCUUAUGUUGCAUGUUUGUUCAGCUGUCAACAUGCACUGUGAGUCUGGGCUAAAAUGCUAAAAUAAUAACAUAAUAAACAUAAAUGUCUUAGUGCACUGACUACAUAUGCACUUAACUGUGUGCUUUCUGUAAACACCAGAAUGGGUACACUCCCUUGUUUUGGGCCCCUGAGCCUAGGAGCCUGUGUGGAUCUUAAUCCACCGCUGAAGAUGUUAGCACUGUAAACUGUAUGUCAAGUGGAAAAAGUACUUCAUGAAGACUGCUUAUUAUAAAUUGACUGACAAUAUUGGAUAUGUUAUGUACAUUGAUUAGCCGUAUCAACUGCUCUUAAUGUAAAAAGACCAAAUAAAUCAUAUUGCCUUUUUUA